AUGUGGAUCUUUCCCAUGGCUGCUGUAGAAGAGGUCAGAGAACCCGACCAUCACCGGCACUCAGUCAACAAGGGUCGCCGAAGGUCUCUACGAUUACCCAAAUUCCUCCACUCACUCGAGCUCGAAGUGUCUCGUGCCAACACCGCCAUCAGCGUCGCCGAAAGAUUCAAUCCCGAGGAUUGGGAAUUUUCAGAGGAAUUUGAACCAGAUGAUAUGGUGACGGAGUGUUAUGAGGGGACUUUCAGCUACCUCGUCUGUCCCCACGGCGAUCCCUGCCCAGAACACAAUCGGAGAGAGGCGCAUUUGAACAAUCUUGUAGUUGCUGUCGACGGGGCUUGCUCUGGAAAUGGAAAGCAGAACUUCGACGUGGAAGCAGGCAUUGGUGUCUACUUCGGCGACGCCUCGCCUGACAACAUAAGCACAGGCCUUCCCAGCCGGUUCUCGACAAAUCAGCAAGCAGAACUGUUGGCACCUAUCUGCGCCCUCGCGGGUCAGGAGGCUGCUGAAAACCAACCAUAA